AUGUUUAGCAAUGCAUUUCCAAGAGUUAUGCACCAGACGAAGAUUUUAAAUAGAAACUUUAAGUUUGAUAAAAAUCAUUUGGAUAAAUUUAUCAUCAAAAGAGGAUUCGCGUUUACAACAAAUAUACCAGAUAAAGUUCAAAUAUCAUUAAUUCAAGUUGAGAAGAAAAUAGAAAUAAAUCUGGAAGAAAAUGUUUCGAAAACAUUGCAACAUUUAGGUGUUGCAACAACAGGAAUAAAACAAACAGUUGGCUCUACAUACGGAGGAAAUUAUAAAUUGAAUUGGAUUCAACCUCCUAGGAAUGUUUUAGUAGUAAAAAAACCAAUGACUAAAGCCACAACUGAAGCUUUGAUGGGAAUAGUAAUGUGGUUAAAUAAAAGGUAUCCAAGUAUCAAUGUUAUACUUGAGCCUGAUGUAGCAAAAGAUUUUGAAAAGGAAUUGCCAUUCGUAUAUGUUAUACCUCCAGGAAGGAAAGAUGAAUAUACAAGAGCUGUAGAUUUUGUUGUUACAUUAGGUGGAGAUGGGACAAUUCUACAUGUUUCAUCAUUAUUUAAUCAUUGUGUACCACCAAUUAUUUCAUUUUCAAUGGGAACUUUGGGGUUUUUAUUACCAUUUCAUAUAAAAGAUUACCAAACAGCAUUAAAUGAUGUGAUUAGAGGUGAUGUAUCGUUAUUGUUACGUAUGAGACUUGCUUGUUCAGUAUGGGCUAAAAAUGGAACAAGAAUCAAAAGAACCAGUGGAUUAGAAAUUGGUGAUAUGCAAGCAAUGAAUGAAGUAAAUUUACAUCGAGGACGGUAUCCACAUUUAACUAAUAUCGAAUGCUUUGUUGAUGGACAAUACUUGACUAAUGCUGUUGCAGAUGGAUUGAUCGUUGCUACACCAACUGGUUCAACUGCAUAUUCUUUAUCAGCUGCAUAUUGCUAUUAUUUAGGUGGACCGAUAAUACAUCCUUCGGUACAAAAUAUUUUGCUAACGCCAAUAUGUCCAAGAUCUUUAUCUUUUAGAACUAUAAUAUUACCACCAACAUCCAAAAUUCAAAUGAGGAUAGGUGAAGAAAGUAGAGCACCAACUGAGGUGACUGUAGACGCUACAGAAAUUUGUUUGUUAAAUAAUAGAGAAUAUUUGGAAGUGCAAAUGUCUCCAUAUCCAAUACCUUCUAUAAAUCGUGUUAAUGAAGGUGUAGAUUGGGCAAAGGAUAUUAAUGAGUUGUUAAAAUGGAAUCAAAAUUUUGUCCACAAAUAA